AGAAAAGAAAAAAAUAGUUAAAUCCAGCAGUGUUUUAUAGCAAGAAAACAUUUCCCAUAUAAACAACGAGAAACAAACCUCAACGCUAACGUUUCGCUCUUCACCGCCGUAAACAUCUUCAAUCUUCCUCACAUCACUCCAAUCCUUCUUCUAAUUAAGUUUGAAGCUGAGACACAAACAUGGCUGGUGGUGGGAAUUUCAUCAACAGGGUUGUCUCUUAUGUUGUUAAUGAAUUGGUUGUCGAUCGUCUUGCCAACAGCCCUUCAUUUCAGAGGUUUGCAGUGAGGACAUCAAAGAGAAUUGAAGAUAUAUCAAGCAAAGCUGCUCAAAAGAAGAAGGAGCUAGCUGAGCAGAUCGAGGACAUAACUAAGCAUAUUGAGACUAAGAACCACUGACUUUGGUAUUCAUGCUACAUGAGUGAAGAUAAUGAAGUCCUGAUUCUGUUUGCCAGAUAUGCUGAAGGAGACAAGCCCUGAUCUAUGUAAAAUUCAUAAGUAAUUGAUUUUGGUUGUAUCUCAUGGGAUGUAAUGGCUUCUUCCAGUUUUUUGGUGAACCGGAAGUAGCUUUGGAUAUUGGCGAUAUUUCAUGGUAGUGUCACAGAAUAUAUUUGCUUUGUUUGAGAUUAAUCAAAUAAUAUAGGAAAAAUGCUCGGCCAUCUAAUGAA